AUGAAUGGCUUGGACUUGCCUCUGGAAACAGCCAGUAGAAAUCAAAUCAUUAAUGAGAACUUUGAGGUAAAACAAUCCAGCUUAAAAAAUAAUUCUCAUGAAGAUGGAAGUUCUGUAAAGAUGUUGAUGAAUGAGAUGUAUAAUAGAGAAAAAUCUAAAUGUGGCGGACAAAAUGUUGUUGCUCGAUUAAUGAACAUGGAUACUUUGCUGCCAAAAACAGGACCAGCAAUGGAAGCCAUGGAAUGUUUAGAUGAAAAUUUAUGGAAACACAGUCCAACAAUGUCACAUUGUGAGAGUACUAAAGUCAAUCUGAGAUCACUUCUUUUGACCACAGCGAAAUCGCCAUUGAAUUAUAAGCAGCAGUUUUCCAUUCCUCCAACCAAAAGCUCUAGUUCUGCAAAACCACACCGCAGAGAACAUUCACAAGAAGAGCAACUACAGAAAUUUAAAAAAGAAUUUGAAGCAUGGCAAGAAUCCAAAUUAUGGGAGUUUUCAAGCAGCCUUGAACAAUACAGUAGUGAAGAACUUAAAAAUGAACAAAUUCUUGCACUGGAAAACCUCAAAAAAGAGAAGAUGGCAGCAUAUACGAACAUUUGCUUGAUGCCCAAAAUAGAAGAUGAUAUGGCUAUAAGCAGAGAAAAAGCAGCUAAUAGUUCUGAACCUGCAUCCACUGCCAAGUUUCAGGAGAAAAGGUGUACACCUUGUUCUCCCACAAGGAUUGUGAUUCUCAAACCUGGUUCAGAUAUGAAGGAUGAAAUGGAAGUACCGUGGCAUGGCUCACUCGCGGUAGCUAAAAAAGGUGGUAGCAUGGAAGAUUUUCUUGAGGAGGUGAAGGAAAGGCUCAGAUUGGAAAUGGAGGGCAAGGGAAAAAAUGGUUCUAUCAGGAGGUUGGGAGUAGGUCAUACUUCCCUUCAUGAAAGUUCAACAGAUGCAAAACAGCAGGCUCGGGAAGCAGCAAAGCAUGGGGCAAUGUUGCGAAGAUCACAAUCUCUGAUAACUUAUAGGAGUGCAUUCCAUUUUGACGAACAGGAGUCCUCUAAGUCCAUCAAGAGAGAGACUAGAAAAUUCAUAUAUGAUAGACUGAAAAAUGUCUUAAAAGAUAAUACUGAAAUGAAGGAACCUAUGCUUGAGGAUGAAAACAUUGGGAAGUCACUCUCAGCAAAAGAAACGGCUAUAUCAAGAUCAGUUUCUGGUUUCUCCAAGGAGGAAAAAGAUGCUAGUUUUUGGGAGGAAAAGAAGGCUGUGAAUGAAUCAAUACCUAAGCAUUUAAGACAUGAACAGAUUAAAAUGGUACCAUUGAGUGAUGAAGCUAUGUCGCUUUCAAACUUUGAUGGAUCAUUUUUUGCUUCUGGCACUGGAUCUGCAGAAGAUGGCCGAGUAGCACCUGAGGCUCAGAAUUUUCAGAAGCAUGAGGCAUCUAAAAAUGAUUCAGCAGCUGUCAAAAAAAGAAAAAAAUAUGCCUUCAGCAUCAAAAGCACAGUUUCAAAUCUGAAACGGAAUUUGGGUCUGAGGGGCAAUUUUUUUGGGAAGAAGGCCUCUUCAAUGGGGGAAUCAACUGUAGACACAGUUCAUCAUGUGAAGUCGAAUGAGACUGCUCCCUUAGCUAUCAUAAAUUUUGGUAUUGUGCAGGACAACUCGACUGAAGUACCACCAAGCCCUGCCUCAUUUUCCUGCAGUCCGAUUAAUGAGCAUCAUAGUCCUGUAUCCCCAUUUGAAGAUCCUUUUGGUGAUGGUCAUUCAUCAGCACAAGUCUCAGGCGAGUUGAGCAUGUCCUUAUUAGAGUUUGGAAGCAGUUCAGUACAUGUUGAGAGAGAAAGAUGUGGAAUGGCAACUCAAACUCGACUUUAUGAAAGUAAUGAAACAAUACUAACUGAAGGCUGUGGAGAAGCUUAUGUAAGAGAUAUCCUUGUUGUUUCAGGGUUUUACAGGUCCUGUUGGCCUUUAUAUCAAGCAAUUUCAAGGAUGGAUGGACAAGUAAAACCAAUCUCUUCUUGUGUUUUUGAUGAAGUAGAGGAGAAGUGCAGAAAACUCAAGACUGUGGAUGAUGAUAGCUCAACAAUGAGGCUUGGGGAUAUCGAUAUCGAUCGUAAGAUGUUGUUUGAUUUAGUGAAUGAGGCAUUAUCGAGUGUGCUAGAUUCUUCUAUGACCCAAUUAAUGUCGAAAAGAUUGUCUCACUAUCUCUCAAAACUACCUCAUGGAAGAAAAUUGCUUGAUGACUUAUUGAUUCAGAUUCAGAUACAUUCAAAUCCUAAGGUUGAACAACCCCAAUCUAUAGAUGACAUAGUGGUCUGGGAUCUGAAGUUGAUGCCUUUGUUAACUGCUGCUCAUGAAGAUAUAAGUUCUCUGGGUAGGGAAAUAGAAUGGGUGAUCAUGAGAGAGUUGAUGGAUGAUUUAUUGUCAGAAUGGUUGGUUUAAUUCAUUAUGUUAUCAUUAGUAGUAUUUUUGCAACA